AUGAAUUGCCUGUCGCAUGGACAUAUCAACUAUUUCUUAUUUAAUACAAUAAACACGUUUUCAUUUCACGUUCAAAAUGAAUAUAUAUGUGCGGUCCAGACUCUUUAGGUCUAAUUUAAUCAAUAAUUUAAUAUGCUUCUAUUCUACAUCUACACCUGAAGUUAUUGAUCAAAAUGAUCGAGUUUUGAUAGAUGAUAGUGAUGAAACCACAGCAAGAGAAAAUGAGAUUGAAAAGAAACGAAAUAAGUCAGGAUUAUCUGCUGCUCAUCUGAAUAUCAUGAAUGGACGUCGACCUUAUGAAACACCUAAGCAUUUAAGCCAUUUGACGGUCAAGCACAACAGAAAACUUUAUGGAAAAUAUGGCAGUGAAAGUGGAGUUAAUCCGAGUUUAUGCUGGCCUACAAAACUAGAUAUUCAAGAAGCACUAGAAUAUGAAUCGGUAGCCUUUCCUUACACAAUUAGAGAGGUUAUGGAAUCUGCAGCACUAAGGAAACAGGAGGAGAAAUUGAAAAUACAGAAGCGAGAAACAGAUAUUGCAGCAAAAUAUGCUAAGUUGGAACAAUGGAAGAAAGAGCUCAGAGAUAAAUUAGCAAAGAAAGCUGCUGAAGCAGAAUCGGCUAAGAUCAAAAAGGAGAGAUUGGUAGAAGAAGUUAGAAGACAUUUUGGCUUCACAUUAGAUCCUCGUGACGAAAGAUUCCAAGAGAUGCUUGCUAAACGAGAAAAGGAACAGAGGAAACUAGAAAAACAAGCUAAGAGAGAUGCCAAGGAAAAGAUGAUGUUUGCCAAAUUACAACAAAAAAAUGUUGAAAUUAAAGACACUCCCAAAAGAUAAAUAGGUAUCUAUAUUCCAAGGGCUAAUCCAGGGGAACGGGGUCAGAGGGAUGAUUCGAGUAUUGGUGUUUUUUUGUAGUAUAAUGACUGAAUUUAAUAA